AUGCACAGAGGCAAGCGUUGUUACUUCUUCACCAUUGUUGUGAGUAACACUACCACAAACAAAGGCUUACCAGCAGCAUUCUUCAUCACCAGUGACGAGUCUUCAUAUGCAUUGACCAAAUGGUUGAGAUGGUUGAAUGUAAACAACAAGUUGAGCGAAAAUAAAAUUAUGAUCGAUUGUAGAAUAAUACAACCGCAUGAAGGAAAGAUAAUCGAUCUUUUGUCUGCUUUAACUCGUUUAUACACAUACGUUGUUGCUGAUUUAGGGUCUAAUAACAAUAUCCCUACCUAUUAUCUCACCCCUUCCUAUUUAUUAUCACUUCCCAAAGUUGAUACACCAAUUUCAGUUGAAGUAGUUGUUGAAUUAUAUCCUCGUGGAUCUGGUAGUUCGUCAGCCGAAAAUACCUGUACGACAUCCGCAACAUGA